AUGAGCCUUGAGAACGCCUUUUACGCCUUCGCCUCUUUUGGUGGCCCACACUCGAAAGAAAUGGACAACGCCCACUUUUCCAAGAUGCUGAAGGAGACGAAAAUAAUUGGGAAGGCCUUCACUAGCACGGACGCCGAUCUACUUUUCAACAAGGUGAAGGCAAAGGGAGCCCGCAAGAUCACCUACGCGGAGUUUGCCGACAAGGCUCUCCCUGAGAUUGCGACCAGGUUAAAAAAGUCCGUGGAUGAGGUGAUCGGGACUGUUGCAAACAGCUCUCCUGAGGCACGCGCAACAAAGGCCGACGCCGUGAAGUUUCACGACGACAAGAAUAUGUAUACGGGUGUCUACAAGGCUGGUGGACCGACCAACGUGGAUCGCAACCCUGGCUCGCUUGCCGGUGUUGUUGACCGACGUGUGGAGCAGACCGAUGUGCGUGGCACGACUUCCACUCAGAAGUAG